AUGGCGAAAAGCCCCAGAAAGCAUUCCAAUCAAAUUGGAGGGAAAAACUUUGCAAAUUUCUCUAAGAGAAGGUUUAGCAUAGCAGACUCGGAUGAUGAAGAGGGCGAUGACGAUGAAGACGAGGCUAACAAUGAUUCCGAUAGCUCAUUGACAGCAGUAUCGGAAGCAGAAGGGACUAUGGAAAUUGUAAGAAGUAAGCUAAAUAGUAGUGGUCGCAAGAAGCUUCCCAAAAAGACCAUGGACUGGUACCGGAGAGCCAAUGAAAAUGCCAUAAACGAUGAUAGUGCAAGCAAUAGUGAAAAUGACGACGAUGAUGAAGAUGAGCUUGGAAUAGAAGAAUUAUAUUCGAUGGUAGGUAGGGCAGGCUCGGGUCGUGGUGGUUCUGCUGAUAAUGGAGACAACAGUAAUUCAGAUUCGGAUUCGAAUUCUGAUUCCGAUUCGGACUCUGAUGAUUAUUCGAGUUCUGAUGAUUCGGAUGUAGACUUUGUGAAGUUGCAAGCCGAAAGGAAAGCUCGGUCGAUGAAAGCAGUAAAGGCUCUCAAAGGUUUGAGAAAAGACAAGGCCAACGGCAGUAGGAGGAAGAGUAGCGUGCACCACAAGAUCGGAAGGCGGAAGUCUGAAGUUGCAUUACCUGGUGAUAUUAAUUUCAAGUUUGAGUUUGAUGAUUUGCAGGGAAAUGCUAUUGAUGAUGAAGAGGAUGAUAUCGAUGGUAAGGCAUUAAUUUCAGAAGAAGUAACUCUUAACGGAGAUUUCACGGCUGCUGUAUCGGAUAAUGUAGAUCAUCACAUAGACGUAGGAAACGAAGACAUUGGGGAAGAAAUUCAGAUUCAGAAUCUCGAAGGUCUCCCCACCAAUGAAGAUGCAUUUAACUUCGAUCUUCCAGUGCCGAAAUUCAAGGAAGAGGAAUUGAAUUCCGAUGAAGACUAUGAAAUAGACGACAAUGAACUAUUGGCUACUCUUCAGGCUGACAAUGAUGACUUUGGUAUUGGUAUGAAUGUAGGCAAUGGUGUUGCUAAUGCUGACACGUCUUCUGUAUCUAACAGAAAUAACUCAAUAGCAUCGGUUGAUGAAGAAGAAGACCCAUUUCUUAAGGAAGAAGAGAAGUUUUUGGUCAAUGAAUUUGAGAAUAACGGAUUCGAUGAUGAGGAUCGAAAUAUGUUGAUGGAUACCUUCAAUCUGAUUCAUAACCAGCCCAGAGAAGAUGUCAUGCAAUAUGAAAGCAGUGAUAGCGACGGAGAUGUAAAUGGCGAUGACAAUGACAACUAUGAUGGUUAUGAUGAUGAGGAUGAUGAAGAUGAAUUGAUCGACUUUAGUGUAGAUCAAGGUAGUGAUAGUGGGGGCAAUGGAGAUGAAUUUGGUGAUGCUGUUGAGGAACCAUUAGUCAGAAAGAAAAAAUCAAAAUCUUCAAAGUCUAAAAAAUCUUCGAAAUCUAAAUCCAAGUCAAAUGGUAUACGGAUAUCUAACUCUGAUGAAGAAGAUGAUCUGUACUUGUGGAAUUACUUUUUUAGCUCAGACAACGAUUCUGGACAAGAAAACAAUAGUAUGAAUGCUGGAGGCGAUGAUGAUGAUUUCGAUGACUCUGAAGAGCAGGUCAUAGUUGAAGAACUAUUCAAGCAAAUGGAAAAGGACGAUAAAAAACGUAGAAUCAGAGAGGCUGCUGCUUUGGCAGCUGCUACAGCAGCUACUUCCACUGGUAGAUUCGGUGGUGCUGUUCUCAGUCCUGAAAAUAACCAUGACUCGGAUCUUGAGUAUGACACUGGUGAGUCCACUGAUGUAGAUUUAAGCGUACCCACUUACCUGAACAAGAUUAAGUCUGGUAGUAUUAAAGCCAAGGAAGUUUUAUCGUCGAGGACUGCUGAUUACCGUCCGCCAAUUUUGGGGACAUGGGUUGCAGUUGAGAGUAAACCAUUUGGAAUUAUCGAUGGUUUGAGCACUAGAAGUUUACAGCAUGGAAGACCUGAGGAAAGAGCUUCGAUUCCUAGAGCUGUUGUCUCGUCUUCCAAUUCAUCUUCCUCGUCAUUAGUAGGAGGUUCCUCAAAUGGUGUCGCUGGAGAAAAUGCUUCCACGAGAAAGCAAAAUUCUUCUGGUCAACAAGGAGGUGGUAUUCCAAAUCUGUCUGGUGGAUUCUCCAAUAUCAAUGCUACUGGUAACAUUGAUGGUGGGGGGUCCUCAGCAGGUGGAUUUCCACUUGACUUGGAGGACAAUUCAGACAACCUGGCGCUCGGGCUUGACGAACUCCUUAAUGUCUCCGAGCUCGAUGAUGAUGAUGAGAAUGAUGUAAAAAUCUGGCAAGAUUUUAAUUCUCAAAAGAAGCUGGUGCCGCUUGGUGCCUUCAGAAACAAAUCCCUCUUGCACAAUCAGAGCGUUCUCCUUCAUCAUCAUAUUCCGCACCAGAAUAGUUCAUAUAAGUCAAACAACGAAAUACCUAAAAGGAGUCGUCGAAAUUCCAGCACUAGCAACAACACCAAUGACAUGAUUAGAAAGCCUUCUGUUUCUAGGCGUCGGUCCUCCGCAUCAGCUACAUCCAACUCUCAUGUACCAUCUAAGCAGAAGAGGAGAAGAGCAUCUAUUAUCGAAGCAGUUUCUGAAGGAUUUAGACCAACAAGAUCGGGUCUUUUCAGUGAAAAUGCUCUAGCAAACGUUGAAGAAGUUUUAGGAGAUGAUCACGAUCUUAUGGCAUUAAUAAAGGGUUUAUAG